AUGGCAUCAAGCACCAACACCGACACACUCAACGAUGCGAUCGAAGUGAACACUGCAGAUAUUGACGUUUCUAUUGCCAAAUUUCAGAAAAGAAAUCGCCUUGUUGACAGAAUCACCGCUGGAGCUAUAAUAUUUGCUCGGCAUGAGAAUGGCGAGCUAUAUACUUGGAUGAUACAACGGGAAGAUCAAGAUAGCUCUCAUGGGUUGAGCUGGGAAUGGAUGUCCGGCAAGCCGGAGAAAGUGGAUGGCACUUCAACAGAUACUGCAAGACGGGAGUGCGAGGAGGAAGGAAAAUAUCGGCCAUCAAAGUUCGCCGAUCGCGCGGUCCUUUGCUUUUUCCUGCAUAAGGAUAGACGGACUGAUAGGGUGAUUAUGAUGGCCUCACUUACGUUCAUCAUAGUUGAUGAUCAUCAGAAAUUACCUACACGCGUGUGGUCCGAUACAAAAAAAGGGCCAGACGGCGCACCUUCUCUACAGAUUAGCGCGGAGCAUAUCAACGAUUGUUGGAUGACGGAGACACAAAUUGAAGAGGCUGCUAUACACGACCAAUGCUCUGAUCCACGAAAUGAAUUCAACAUGCUCCAAACCAAAAUAAAUGUCUCCAAAGUUGGGUUCAAGAUUUUCAAAGAUUAUCAAGCCCAAUAA